AUGUUCAGCCUGAAUGGUGCCAGAAGUGAGGGAUAUGUCCAAGAGCUGUUCCACGAGGAAGCACAGCAGGUAUCUCAAACACAGACCAAGCCCUGGUGGAAGAUCCAGCUGUUUGUGUGGGAGCCGGUGCUUUUUGGAACAUGGGAUGGCGUCUUCACCUCCUGCAUGAUCAACAUUUUUGGAGUAGUUCUUUUCCUGAGGACGGGAUGGCUCGUGGGAAACACUGGCAUUGUAAUGGGCAUGUUUCUGGUGUCCUUUGUCAUCUUGGUUGCCCUGGUGACGGUCUUAUCUGGAAUUGGGGUGUGUGAGAAGUGCAGCAUCGGAAGUGGAGGAGUCUACUCCAUGAUUUCUACUGUCCUUGGAGGUCAAGUAGGGGGGACCAUUGGCCUCCUUUAUAUUUUUGGCCAGUGCGUUGCAGGUGCCAUGUACGUCACUGGCUUUGCAGAGUCCAUCGCAGAUGUCCUGAGCCUCAGCAACAUCUGGGUGGUGCGCGGGAUCUCCCUGGCUGUCCUGCUGGGCCUGCUGGGGAUCAACCUGGCCGGGGUGAAGUGGAUCAUCAGGCUCCAGCUCCUGCUGCUCUUCCUACUGGCUGUCUCAACGCUGGACUUUGUCAUCGGGUCCUUUACACACCUUGAUCCAGAGCAUGGCUUCGUUGGCUACUCCGAAGAGCUUAUGUUCAACAACACACUGCCAGACUACAGCCAGGGGGAGUCCUUCUUCACUGUUUUUGGAGUGUUUUUCCCAGCUGCCACAGGUGUGAUGGCUGGGUUCAAUAUGAGCGGAGAUCUCCAGAAGCCUGCUACCAACAUCCCCCUGGGGUCUCUGGCCGCUAUUGGCACCUCGUGGUUUCUGUACAUGGUCUUUGUUUUUUUGCUGGGAGCCAUUUGUACCCGUCAGUCACUCCGCUAUGACUUCAUGAUAGCAGAGAAGGUAUCCUUGGUGGGCUUCUUGUUUUUGCUAGGGCUGUACAUCUCGUCCCUGGCCUCCUGCAUGGGAGGCCUGUACGGAGCACCCAGGAUCCUGCAGUGCAUCGCCCAGGAGAACGUGAUCCCCAUGCUCGCCUUCCUUGGACGUGGGAAAGGACCCAACAAGACUCCAGUGGCUGCAAUUUGCUUAACAAGUCUCAUCACCAUGGCUUUCAUCUUCAUUGGGCAAGUGAACGUUCUUGCUCCGAUAGUCACCAUCAACUUCAUGUUGACGUAUAUUGCUGUAGACUAUUCCUAUUUCUCGGUCUCCUUGAGCUACAACGUUCAACAUAAACCUGACAAGACCCAGAGAGAAAACGCUAGACCUGCUCACUCUUCCCAGCCUUUAGUUUUCAACAAGCCCUCCGGCUGUGCAGCAGAUGGAGUAAUUCAAAGCAGAUCAAACGGCACCUUGCUGGAAUUCACAAAAGACAUGGACCAGCUUUUUAAACCAUUUCGUAGUGAGCCAGGUACUUGCAAAAAAGGAGGAGCUGAGAAUUUAACCCAGAAGGUCAAACAAAAGAAGGCAAAGCAGCCAGCCAAGCAGACGUUACAAGACAGCUUUCUUCUGGAUCUCCAUCACGAUGCUCCCCCGGCUCAGUAUGGCUGGGAUGAGACUGCAGAGCCCCACAACGAGAGCUGGCAGGACCUGGCUGAGCAGGGCUGUCGGUGCGAUGCGGGUCCAUGCUCAUCACCCGCUGCGGAUGCUCAGCGGACACCCGGGCUGCUGGAGCAGGGGAAGCAGCUCUGCAGUGAGGUGCCGGCGCUCCCUGGCCAGAGGGAAGAAGAAUCAACUAUAAAGCAACAUAAUCCAGAGCUGGGAAUUCAGCAAAUACCAGAAUCCUUCUACUCCAAAUUCUGCAAUCACUGGGUUUCCUUUGCUGGUGCGAUCGUGUCCCUCAUCAUAAUGUUUGUCAUUCAGUGGAUCUACACCCUCGUCAGCCUGGGUGCAGCGGUUAUUCUGUAUUUCUACAUCGGCCAAGUGAGCCCAGGACUCCCCCUUGGAGCAGCAGCAAAUUUCAGUUUCUUCGGCUGGAUUAAGUCGGUUUUGAUCACCUCGUGCAGGAGAAGGCCAUCUCCCAAGGAGCAGAUCGUGGUGACACCAUCCUUUGCAACAGUUGGCAUGGAGACCACGCAGCUGACCGAGGAGAACGCAGACUUCGCCUCGCGGGACCGCUACCACCAGUCCUCGCUUAUCAGCAGAGAGGAGUUUGGGAAUCAAUUCCAGUAAAGGACACCAAAAAAAAAAAAAUCAAGCCAUCACUUCAAAAAGCAUUUAGAAAUGCUAAUGGCUGCCACGGUGCCUUGUGAAAUACUUGAAUAUAUAUGAAAAGGAUGUGAAUAGUUAUUUAUAUAUUCGAGGCUUGUUUGUUUAUGCGAACUACAACAUUGCUGGGUUUCAAAUCUUAUCCUAAAUGGGGGAAAAAAUGCAAAUGAAAGGCCCGGUCCAGGGAAGUGACGAGUUACUGAGGACAAUAUAAUCCUUCUAAAGAAUUCAAUUAUAAGCACUAUUGAGCUCUAAAGACUGUCGCCGCUAUAAAAGCUUACAACACCCCAUUUCAAAUGUCCUCUGGGUGACUAGGGACGCUUUGUGCCUGGGAGCGGUGACCUCGGCAGCAGGAGCCAGCGCCCUGCUCCCAGCUGUGCCACGGAUGGAUGUGACCUUCCAGGUCAAUUCACUUCUCCUCUCGGCAUGAAUUUGCCUGCUUGUAAUACAGUAAUUUUCUACCUCAGCAUUUCAAUUACCAAGGUCUUAGAAAGUACUUUAAGGCAUUAGACAAUAGGCCAGAAUCAGUGGCAAGUGCAAGAAGAUUAUGAAAUAUAUUCACAACUGGAAUCGCACAUUUAAAUGCAGUAAUGCAGUAUAAUGACCUCUACUGUAAAACUGUGAAAUGAUGUCUUAGAAGCCGUUCAUAGUGAUUUCCCACAUCCUUUCUGAUGUGACACCUGGGACCUGACAACAUAGCUGGGUCCAAAUAGAGCAUCUCCUGGGUGAAGGGACAGAUGAUUCAGAAGUGCCUUAACAAAAUACGUUUAACCUCGUCUUUGCUUAUUUUGCUUAAAGCCCACCCAUAGUGAGCUCCCACAAGGAGCCGUUUCUCCUGCUGCCGUGAUCUGGGAUGCGGGAGGUUCAGUCGGGGAUGCUGCAGGAUUUCCCCUGCAGACCUUAGGGUUGGUGGGCAGUGGCUGUGGGGUGGGGUGAGGUCUUGCAUGGACGCCCCGUCACCAUCGCUUCUGCUCCCCAGGGAAAAACGCCUGGCUGAGCGCUGUCCUGCCUGCAGGCAGCGGUCCUGGCAGAGACCCAGGGAGGUGCAAGGAAGGGUUCUGGGUUGAGGCAAGCCCCAGCACCAUAAAUCAGUUCUGAUGCUAAAAGGAGGGGGAAAUUACUGCCUUUCACUUCCUUUCACCUCGGAGCGUUUCAGCCUUUAGAUUAUUUAUUUCUCC